UUUCCUCCAAAGCCCGAAUUUUCUAGGGCUCUCAGAUUUCUCUAGUUGAAGCCGAAGACACAAAACACACCACUAUCAUUUUGUGGGUUUAGGCAAACACAUUACGCAACACAACCGCAGGGUUUAUAACUUCGCAUCACACACAGCCACUGCUAAUCGAAGAAAGAAACAAUGGUAGGUUUCAACAUUCAACCAUAUGGUAUGCAAUCCAUGCUCAAAGAAGGUCACAAACACCUCUCCGGUCUCGACGAAGCCGUUAUCAAAAACAUCGACGCCUGUAACCAACUCUCCACCAUCACUCGCACUUCCCUCGGUCCCAAUGGGAUGAAUAAAAUGGUUAUAAAUCAUUUGGAUAAACUUUUUGUGACCAAUGAUGCCGCCACUAUUGUAAAUGAACUUGAGGUUCAACAUCCUGCUGCUAAGAUUUUGGUUUUGGCUGGGAAGGCUCAACAAGAGGAAGUUGGCGAUGGUGCUAAUUUGACUAUUUCUUUCGCCGGCGAGUUGCUUCAUGGUGCUGAGGAGCUUAUUAGGAUGGGUUUGCAUCCUAGUGAGAUCAUUAGUGGAUAUACUAAAGCAAUUACUAAGACUGUUGAAAUUUUGGACGAACUUGUUGAGGAAGGUUCGGAUAAUAUGGAUGUCCGUGAUAAGGAGCAAGUUAUUCUACGAAUGAAAGCGGCUGUUGCUAGCAAGCAAUUCGGUCUAGAAGAUACUAUAUGCUCCCUUGUUGCUGAUGCAUGCAUCCAAGUGUGUCCAAAAAACCCUGUAAACUUUAAUGUCGACAAUGUUCGUGUUGCGAAGCUCUCAGGAGGAGGCUUGCGUAACAGUACAGUUGUUCGGGGAAUGGUUCUGAAAAAUGAUGCUGUUGGUAGCAUAAAGAGAAUGGAGAAGGCAAAGGUUGCUGUGUUUGUUGGUGGUGUUGAUACAUCUGCAACUGAAACUAAAGGAACUGUUCUCAUACAUUCAGCUGAGCAGCUAGAAAAUUAUUCAAAAACUGAAGAGGCUAAAGUAGAGGAGCUCAUCAAGGCAGUAGUUGAUUCUGGUGCCAAAGUGAUUGUAAGCGGAGGGGCAGUAGGAGAGAUGGCUUUGCAUUUUUGUGAGCGAUAUAAGCUUAUGGUUCUGAAGAUCAGUUCUAAGUUUGAAUUGCGUCGAUUUUGCCGUACAACCGGUGCUGUUGCUAUGUUGAAGCUUAGUCGACCAAACCCAGAUGAUCUUGGAUAUGUCGAUUCUGUUUCAGUUGAGGAAGUUGGUGGUGUAACGGUGACCAUUGUAAAAAAUGAAGAAGGUGGCAAUUCUGUAUCAACUGUUGUCUUAAGAGGAAGUACUGAUAGUGUACUAGAUGAUCUUGAAAGAGCAGUUGAUGAUGGGGUGAACACUUACAAGGCCAUGUGCAAGGAUAGCCGUAUUGUACCUGGAGCUGCGGCAACUGAAAUUGAGUUAGCUAAGCGGGUCAAAGACUUUUCUUUCAAAGAGACAGGAUUGGAUCAGUAUGCUAUAGCAAAAUUUGCUGAAAGUUUUGAGAUGAUUCCUAGAACAUUGGCUGAGAAUGCCGGGCUAAAUGCAAUGGAGAUUAUAUCUUCUCUCUAUGCAGCACAUGCAUCAGGAAACACUAAAGUUGGCAUUGAUUUGGAAGAGGGUGUUUGUAAGGAUGUCACAACUACACAUGUUUGGGAUCUCCACGUGGCUAAGCUCUUUGCUCUUAAAUAUGCCGCAGAUGCUGCAUGCACUGUUCUACGGGUGGAUCAGAUUAUUAUGGCAAAACCAGCUGGGGGCCCUGGUAGGAGAGAGCAACCUGCUGGCAUGGACGAAGACUAAUAAUAUUGUGAGAACUCACUCACUCUUCAUUUGGUCAUUUUUGUAUCUCAACAUGAUGUCCUACACUUGUUAACUUGGGUUGGUUAUCUAGUUUUCGAUAAGUAAUGGGAUCGAUCUUAAACAGAUUUCAAAUUUUGAUAUUCCAUGGAGUCUUAAGGGAUGUAAUAUGUAAAUUAAAUGUUAGUAUUCUUUUUAGAAUGCUUGUGUUCUUUUUCUGUGAGCUUUGUUGCUGCUCCUUUCAGGGGAGUUUUUGUUUUAAAUCUAUUUGGGUUUAUCACUACUAAAUGUUAUGACUAAUUUUUCUUGUAUGCCAUGCACUCUAGUGUCAUAAUAACUGUAACUUGCAUUCUCCAUUUCAUUGUAAGUAGGACUAUCAUUUAUCAAGCACAGCAGUAUUGUAAUUUUU